GGGAGGAGUCUGACCCACACCAAGUUCAGCUCAGGACAGACUGAAGGACAAACAAGCAGGAAGGAGGAUUUGAUUGAAGAAUACGGGGACAAUAAAGCGUUUGGGGCACUGAGUUCUGAAGAACAGUAAGUUUGCACCCGUUUCUGGUAUUUUAGGAAGAGACGAGUUAACGCCACCCUUGAUCCACGAUGUCUUUUUCUCCAGUUGCUUCAGCCACUGCUCGCGUGCUUGCUGCUGCGUCACACUCAACCCACGAGGGAGUGAAGACCUGGAAGAUCCUGACCUUCGUUCUGGCGCUGCCCGGCGUCGGCGUCUGCAUGGCCAACGCCUACAUGAAGAUGCAGGCGAACUCGCAUGAGCAGCCGGAGUUCGUGCCCUACCCUCACCUGCGCAUCCGCACCAAGAAAUUUCCCUGGGGCGACGGCAACCACAGCCUGUUCCACAACUCUCACACCAACGCUCUGCCGGGGGGGUACGAGGGCUCCCAUCACUGAGGGGAUCACAUCCAGCGGCUGCUUGUGGCUGCAUCCUUAAAAAACUCCCACCCAGACGGGAAUAAAACCAUUCUGUGCCGAAUUACAGCGAGUGCCAUUUGAAUCUUUCUGACUCGAACAAACAGAACCGGAAGGCGAGGUGAUGUUUCAGCAGUAUAUUUAGUGGCAUAAAUGUUUGAGGGGCAGGUGAAGCCUAUACACUGUAUAUAUGCUACUUCAUAUUAUUCUAUGUACAAAAUAAACAAGAGGCACCUGA